UAAAUCAGAUAUUUUUCUUCCCGUUUUGGUUCUUUGAUGACAGGAGUGAGGCUUUGGGUUUCUCUUUUUUCCCCUUAAUCUUUGCAUCUGAUGUUACAUAAACGAAGGUUGUGGCGGGGCAGAUGGAAAAGGAGACUCUGCCGGUCCUGCAGGCGUCUGAGUGGAUGAGCAGCAACAGCAAUAAAAGAGCUCCAACAACAGCGACCCAGCGGCUGAAACAGGACUACUCUUCGGAUUAAGAAGGACCCGGUGCCUUACAUCUGUGCAGAGCCCCUCCUUCCAACAUUCUGAAUGGCACUAUGUGGUCCGAGGCCCAGAGAUGACUCCGUAUGAAGGUGGCUACUAUCAUGGAAAACUAGUUUUUCCCAGAGAAUUUCCCUUUAAACCUCCUAGUAUUUAUAUGAUCACGCCCAAUGGAAGAUUUAAGUGCAAUACCAGGCUGUGUCUUUCCAUCACGGAUUUCCACCCAGACACGUGGAACCCGGCCUGGUCCGUCUCCACCAUCCUGACGGGGCUCCUGAGCUUCAUGGUGGAGAAGGGCCCCACCCUGGGCAGCAUAGAGACGUCGGACUUCACGAAAAGACAACUGGCUGCACAAAGUUUAGCAUUUAAUUUGAAAGACAAAGUCUUUUGUGAAUUAUUCCCUGAAGUUGUGGAGGAAAUCAAACAAAAACAGAAAGCCCAAGAUGAACUCAGUAGCCGACCCCAGGCUCUCCCCUUACCAGAUGUGGUUCCAGAUGGGGAAACACACCAUGGUCAGAACGGGCUUCAGCUCCUCAAUGGGCACGCGCCAGGGGCUGGGCCACACCUCGCGGGGCUCCAGCAGGCCAACCGGCACCACGGACUCCUGGGCGGCGCCCUGGCGAACUUGUUUGUUAUAGUUGGGUUUGCGGCUUUUGCCUACACGGUCAAGUACGUGCUGAGAAGCAUAGCGCAGGAGUGAGCCACGUGCCACGGCUGGCAGAAGUGGUCAAAAACGAGGGACACUGGGCCCGAGCGUGCCACGGGCUGGCUGAACGUGCCGCCAAGCGCGGGGUGGACCUGCCUGACUCCUGGGGUAGCUUUUUAAAACCUUGAAAAGGAAAACAGAAACCAAAGUGUGUCAUUGAGAUUUAGAGGAGAUGCAAGAUUCUCAGCUCCCUGUCCUCACUCUGGGGUCUGUUGGGGACCAUGGAGCUUGGGUGCCGAGGAGGAGGGGCCUCAUGCUUUGGUUUUAUAGCUUAUCUCCUGUAUCGUCUUUUGGACCUGUUUUAGUAAACCUGUUUUUCAUUUUA